AUGUCCGUCGACGGAGACCAGCGGCGGGGGCUGGGUCUCCGCGCUCAAUGGGCUGCGUUCAUCGCACCCUUUCUGGCGCCCGCCAACCGGCAGCGUCAGGGCUGGCGGCCGCUCGCCCUGCGCCCGCCCUACCUUGCGUCCCUGGUCUGCUUGAUGGUGACUAUGCUCCUCCUGCUCGAGGGGCUGCGCCAGUAUAGCGACCGGCAGGGCGGCUUGGUCUUUUUCGCCGACACCGACGAUGUCUCCGCCGUCCAGUCGUUCGCUUACAACUACGUCCCCAUCAUCAUCGCCCUGAUCCUCCUCGUUUUCUGGUCCGUCACCGACUUCGAUGUCCUCCGCCUCGAGCCUUAUUUCCAGUUGUCGAUGCCCGGGGGCGCCCCGGCCAGCGUGCUCUUCAUCAACUACAACUUCGGCCAGACCAUCCUGACCCCGAUCAAUGCCGCCCGCCGCCACCAUUGGGUCGUCCUGUGGGUCUCCAUGCUGACCCUCUCGAUUCGCAUGAUCCUGCCGGCCCUGCAGAGUACCAUCCUGGAGUUGCGAGAGGUGAAGGUGAUCCAGCAUGAGGAUAUGAAAAGCUGGCCGACGCUGGUCGACUUAGAAACGCAAGCCAACUGGAUGUCCACCCAGGCCAACAACACCGUCGACUCCGUGCUCUCUUCUGACGAACAACUGCGCCGGUCCCGCUCCAGCGAAUAUGCGGUCGCGCCCGUCGAGAUUCCCAAGGACGAUCAAGACGGCGAUGUGCUGUGGAAACUGGAUCAAGCUCUGUACUGGGCGCAGGUUUCGUGCCAGGAUGUGGCGGUGGACAAGAAACUGACCGUGGCCAUUGACGACCCUGACGAUGGGUUUCCCCGAGUGUCAUGGGAUGCCUCGGGCAUCGACUUGUCAGACACGUAUGGCAGUGCGAAGGAGUGCGAGCUGGACUUUCACUAUGAUAACGUCUUCUUCCCCGAAACCGAUUACCUCCAGGUCCGCUACUGGGAGCCCGUCAUUGAUGCGACUGCCGAAGCCGAGUACCCCAACACCACCAAAGCAUUCACGGCUAAUGGUUGCGACCCGUACGACUUGUAUGGCAUGCUGAUUUCCGUCAACGCGACCAACCAAUCCUCUCAAAACUCGACCCACAAGGAGUAUUCGGCCAGCGGGAUCGCUUUUGCCUGCGAUAUCAGCUAUCACAAAGCCCAGGCCCGCGUCGCCAUGCACGCCAACAGCUCCAUCGAGUCAAUUCGUUUGCACCAUGCCUCGACUCGCACGUUGACUGCAAGGGAAUUCAACACCGAACACUUCCAGGCCCUCCUCUCGCAACGCGCUCCGUAUACCAGUGACAUGAUCUUCAUCCGCGAGAAUGCCACGGAUGGUGGCCGGACGGUGACUGAACUGCCUGUCAUCAGCGAGGAACUCGGUGACUUGCAACCACUGCUGGUGCUGGAUACCUCGUCGAUCAUGACACGGGCAGAGUUCACUUCGAAGAUCACGCGGGAUGUGAAGCAGACUUUUAUCCUGACACUGGGCCGCUUGUUUGACCCGGAUCAUGCUCCUACCAUCAUUCCGGCUAUCCGCAGUACCACGCAAGUCGCCAUCGCCAUCGUCACCUUCGCGGCCGUCUGGUCCGAGCUCAUCCUGGGUCUCGCUGCUCUGACGGCUGUAUACCUUCUUUUUCUCUACCGUUCCCGCGAAACCUUCCUUCAGAGCGACCCCGGCUCUAUCGGUGCCAUGUGCAGUAUUGCCGCCGACAUCUUCCACCCCAAUAACAUCCUCUCCGAACCUCACGCCGAAUUCCAUCAGUUUUCAACCCGUCAGAUGCGACGCAUCUUCAAGAACGCCCGAUGCUACUGGCGCCCAGGUCCAUCUGGAGAUCGAUUGGAGAUUCUCGCAGAGGAUGGCUCGCCAGUCCAGCUCGGUGAAAACCUACGAACCCAUAACGACCCUAUGCCUCAUUUCCUUGUCAUUCCCUUCUUUAUUGUCGAAUUUCUCGCCCUGGCGGCUGUUAUAAUCCUCAUGGCACUGGUGGUUCAAUCUCUCGCUCGAGAUGGCCGCUUCCGCCACUUGACUCAGUCUGACUCGAGCUCGCUGCAAGUUGUCCUCUCUUUUCUGCCCUCGGUGGUUGCCUCGUCCGUGAGUUCCUUGUGUACCUCGAUCCAUCGGAACCUCAGCGUCCUGGAGCCUUGGGUUCAUCUACAACGCGGGAUGGCGUCCGCACGAUCCUCCUUGUCGUUGAAUUACUCCUCGCAGAGCCCCUUCGCCAUUUUCUUCAAGGCUGCUCGAGAUCGACAUGUCCUAUUGGGCCUGGUAUCUCUGGCCUGUGUCAUCAACAUGGUCCUGACGGUCGUGGCGGGUGGUCUUUUCAUGCAGGAGAUGACAACGUCGGUCAUGUCGACCGAGGAUUUGACCAUGAACUACAGUUCCUCCAUCUUUUGGCGGAACGACUUUGCCGCCGAGUUCACCGAAUAUGACCUGAUUCAAACGAGCAUCAUGAGUGGCGUUCCCAUGUUGCCUUGGACGAGUCCCAAUGAAUCCUUCGUGCCCCUCCACAUCCACAACCGCGAUCCCGAUGCCUUGUACGGAGCAAACACUAGAGGCGUUGGCGCGUCCCUAGAGUGCCAGACCCUAUCUCCGGAGAAAGGAUUGGUUCAUAAUAAGACAACCGGCCACAGUUAUUGGAAGUACGAAUUGUUCGACAACAAGUCGGUGGAAUGCGUCGCCGGUAUGCCCAACUUGCAAAGCAAGGACGAGGGCAUAUCCCUCUCCAUCCACUUCUUGUCGCCGAGCGAUGUCAGUGAAUCCGAUAUCUGUCAAACAUCUACUGUUCUCGUCGUGGGGCGUUGGGACUACAUGCCCAAUAGCACAGUCACCGACAACAACACCAUCGCCUUGCACUGCGAGCCACAGGUCCGGUUGCAGGAUUAUUCCGUCACAUUUGACUCGAAGGGCCAGGUUGACUGGAAUGACCGGGUUGCAGGCAGUGCCAUUCUCAACGGCACUAUGUUCGACAACGCCACUGUCAGUUUGGGCCAAUUCAACAAGGUGUUUGCCGCUAUCCCGGAGAGCUACGUGGGCAAUAGUACCUCUAACAAUGGGACCUACAACAUCUCCUCGUACGACUGGGCAGGGUUCCUGAUCGCCCGGCUGUAUCAGCGCGCCGAUCCCGACUUCAAUUCUCUCGACCCGGUUCGCUUGACCGAUCUUACCCAGACGGUAUAUCAGUGGGUCUAUUGUACAUACUUCUCCAUUUGGCGUGAUCUGUACCUCGAACCACUCUACGAGCCGGUUCAAGCAACGAAUGGCACUAUCAUGCGAAGUACUUGGGCCAUGCAGCCGUCUGUGCCAUCCCUCGCCAUCGCCCUCAUCAUCAUCGCAUUUGACACGCUGGUCGUUCUCGUUGUCUUCGGAACCCGCCGAGGACGCUUCCGAGGUCCGCGGAUGCCACGGUCCAUUGGCGCAAUCAUCCCUUGGAUUGCACAUAGUCGCAUGCUCAGCGACUUUGGCGACACACACCACUGGAAUAGCACGCAACGCCGAGAUCACCUGGCUGUUCUAAACAAGCGAUACGGAUUCCGCAUGUUCAUGGGGCACGAUGGGCGCUGGCGAUUUGCAGUGGAUGAAGAGCCCAAACCGGCGGAUCCAGCAGCGCCCACGCCUGAACCCCCGCCUGAGCCAGAGGCCAACAAGACUACAUCAAUUCAGCUGCGGGAGCUGACGGGGCUGCAGUCACGAAGGCAAAAUUAA